AUGGUGGCGGAGGUGGUCUGGUCUCAAUGGCUUGUUGUCGGCGACGAAUGGGCUGUCGGCCUCGAGAGCUCGAGGUUGGCCUCGCGGAGUGAAGCGGGAUGGCGGGAUGAGCCGACGGGAGGGUCCGAGUGGUCAGAGCUGAGCUUCGCGCGUUUCGUGAUUUGUGAGCAACGAACCACAACCAUGACCUCCCUCUUCGGCAACACAGCCGGAGGUUCUCUGUUCGGCAACAACAACAACAACAACAACAACAACAACAACAACAACAACACCACCGCCCAGUCCAAUCCAGCGCCAGCAGGUCAAUCACUCUUCAACCCUGCGCCUACCCAGCAGCAACAACCACCGAACAGUGGCGGCUCUCUCUUCGGCAAUAGUCUAUUCGGCGACACCCAACAACAACAACAACAACAACAACAACAACAGCAGCAGCAGCAGCAAGCAGCAGGCACAUCCAGUCUCUUCGGCAACCAAAACCAGCACAACACCGGUGCCGCCACCUCCUCCCUCUUCUCCAACCCCAGCCAACCCCAACAACAACAACAACAACACACCCAGCAAUUCCAACCGCAAAACCUCACCCUCCCCCAACAACAAGAUCUCGCCCGCAGUCGCCUAGCCCAAGCCGGCUUGAACCCCGUCCGAAGCGACGAAAAACCCAUCCCCGACCGCGCUGCCACCCUCCUCCGAAAAUGGGAUCCCCAAUCCCAAUCCACCCUCCUGCAAUCCUACCUCUACAACGCCGUCCCCGCCGUCUACGCACCCUUCUACAACGCGCCCACCACAGACGACGAAGCCAAAUGGGAAGAAGCGCUACAAACCGCCCCCAAACUCGACUUGGAAGCAGGGAGUGAGAGUCUCAAAAAUAUCCCCGUGCUGGUGCGAGGGUUCUGGGAUUUGGGGAAGAGGGUGGAAUAUCAAGCCCACACCCUCACGGCUAUGCAGACUCGUUUGCAUGAGAUGCAUGCUUCGCUUUCGGCGGUCAUGACGGCGCAUCAACAGCGUAUCACGGCGCAGAUUGAGAGUGCGAAACGGGCGCAUGUUGCUUUAGGCCAGAGGACACUGGCGUUGAGCGUUAAGCUGCAGGUUUUGAGAGGCAGGGGUUUCGCGCUGGAUCAGGCGGAGGAGGCUCUGAGGAAACAGCUUUUGCUACUAGAGCAAGGUGUGCGUGAUCCGGGGUUUGGCGGGAGGGAGGAGGAGGUGUGGGCUCGGUUGUGUGGACUACGUGAGCGGGUGAGGUGGUUGGUUGAGGAGGGGAGGAGGUUGGAGGGUGGGGCUGCUGUUGGGGUUGGAGGUGCUGGGUCUGGUAGCGGUGGCGGUGAGGAAGGAGAUGCUGGAAGGGUGGUGCCGAGACAUGUCCUGGAGAAGACGGGGAGGAUUUUGGCGGAUUAUGAGACGCAGCUGGGGCAUUUGGGCCGGGAGCUGGAAAGGGUGAAUAAGGAGUAUGUUGAGUGGGAGGCUGAUAAGGGCUCGAGAGCGGGUGGACGGUGA